AUGCAUUUCUGGGAGUCUGUGCUCUGUGCUCUCUUAGCGUCCCUCUUUGCUGCCGUACUUGGAGGGCUGUACUUGACAGGCGCCUUCCGCAAGAGGAGACCCAAAGAGCCGCCGUUGGACAAAGGCCUCAUCCCAUGGCUAGGACAUGGGAUAAGUUUCCAAAAGAACCCUGCAGAGUUUCUGGAAAAGAUGAAGAAGAAACAUGGGGAUAUUUUCACUGUCCUAGUCGGCGGCAAUUAUUUGAAUUUUGUGAUGGACCCUCAUACUUAUGGGACUGUCAUAAAGGAAUCGAAAGACAAGCUGGAUUUUGAUACGUUUGCCUCCACGGUAGUUUAUAAUGUCUUUGGUUUCCACCCAAGUGAGUCUCAUCAUAAGGUCGUGCAAGAGGUUAGCAAGAAGUAUCUCAGAAAUAAGAAUCUAGCUGAUCUCAACCAGGUGAUGAUGGAGAACUUGAAGACUGUGUUGCUUCGGAACUUGGGCUCAGGCGAUGGAGAAAGACCAUGGCAGCAAGACGGCGUCUUCCACUUCAGCUACAAAGCCAUGUUCCAAGCUGCAUUCUUGACUUUGUUUGGAAGUGAUCCCUGCAAAAGUGGAGAUAGCAAAGAAAGUUUGAAGGACCGUGGAGCACCACAGUGUGGAGAGUGGUUUGAAGACUUUCAGAAAUUUGACAGUUACCUUCCCCAAAUGGUCAUUGGCAUGCUGGAUCCUGGGACCAAGAAGGAGACGGAGAGGCUGAAGAACUUCUUCUGGGAUGCACUGUCUGUAGAAAAGGUAUUGCGGAAGGAGAAUAUCAGCAACUGGGUUGCUGAGCAAGAUAAACAGAUGGCUGAGAUUGGGAUGACCGAAAAGAUGCGGACUCAGUUCCUGUUUCUUCUUUUCUGGACAUCGCAAGCGAACACUGGACCGGCUACCUUCUGGGUUUUUGUGCAUCUCCUGAAACACCCAGAAGCGAUGAAGGCAGUGAAGGAAGAAGUAGACCGAGUCCUGAAGGAGACUAAUCAGGAAGUCAAGCCAGGAAGUCCCUCGAUCCAGGUAUCCUUUGAAACAAUCAAGACUCCUCUUCUGGACAGUGCAGUACAGGAAAGUCUACGCCUGAAAGUAAGUCCGUUUCUGUUCAGAAGCAUAAUGGAAGAUAUGGAUCUUAAAAUGGCGGACGGGAGAGAAUACAGCCUCCGGAAAGGAGACCAGCUAAUUAUGUUCCCCUUCAUUGGCCUGCAGAUGGAUCCCGAAAUCUACCCCGAACCUCGGACUUUCAAAUAUGACAGGUUCGUGAACCCAGACGGCACCAGAAAAGAAUUUUAUAAAAAUGGGGAAAAGCUAAAGUAUUUCAACAUGCCGUGGGGUGCCGGACCCUCCAUGUGCCCUGGGCGAUUCUUUGCUGUCAGCGAAAUGAAGUUGUUUGUGAUGCUGAUGGUCACCUACUUCGACAUGGAACUCGUUAAUAAGGAAGAGGAGAUACCACCAGUCGAUCCAAGCCGCUAUGGGAUUGGAACGACACAUCCCGCUCACGAUAUCCAGUUUAGGUAUCGACUGAGAAUCUAAGAGGAAAGUCGUUUAUUUUGUAAUCAUGUUGUAUA